CACACACGAUUCUUCGUUGACGCCAACAAAUUCUGGGCCCUCCUUGAACGCCAUGAACCGUUGUUACGCAGAAUCCGGCAUAUAUUUAAUAUUAAGUAGAAAGAAUGAAAAAAUAACAAAAAGGGCGAAAAAAGUCAAUUACUUGACGAGCGCUCUUUCUUCUUCAAUCACCCAUUUAUUUAAGUCAGGCUUUCACUGAUGAACGAUGCUACCAUCGCAAAGAAAAAGGAAAAUUACGAUCUCUUCUCUUUCCUUUCUCUUCGGCUUUAGUUUUUUUCCGAGACGCCCGUUAGCGAUGGACCUGAUGCACCAUUCUUCGACUUUUCUUCUGCCGACGAUUCCCUCAGACCACCGCCCUUCUCUAACGUAUGCUCUAGUCGUUCUUAACCAAAACCUCCCGAGAUUUACUCCUCUUCUCUGGAAGCACGCUCAGCUUCGCCUCUGUGCUGACGGUGGCGCCAACCGAGUGUACGAUGAAAUGCCUCGGUUGUUUCCCCAGGAAGAUGCCUCCGAUGUUCGACGCAGCAGAUACAAGCCGGAUGUAAUUAAAGGAGAUAUGGAUUCAAUACGAACAGAAGUGCUUGAUUUUUAUACGAGCCUAGGAACAGAGAUUAUUGAUAAAUCUCAUGAUCAAGACACCACAGAUUUACAUAAAUGUGUAACAUACAUUCGUGACUUUGCUCCAGAUUUGGAUAAGUCUAAUCUUUGCAUUCUUGUUGCUGGAGCACUCGGUGGGCGAUUUGACCAUGAGAUGGGAAAUUUAAAUGUCUUAUGUCGAUUCUCAUCCCUUCGAAUAGUCCUUUUAUCUGAUGAUAGUCUCAUCCAUCUUCUUCCAAGGACUCACCAUCAUGAGAUACAUAUUCUAUCUUCUAUUGAGGGCCCGCACUGUGGACUCAUGCCCAUUGGGAUGCCAUCAAGUAGUAGUACUACAACUGGGCUUCAGUGGGAUCUGAAUGAAACAGAAAUGAGAUUUGGUGGUUUAAUAAGCACAUCAAAUAUAGUUACAGGAGAGAAAGUGACGGUGCGAUCUGAUUCUGAUCUUCUUUGGACCAUUUCCAUUAAGAAGUUGUAGCGGCUAUUGCUAUUGGGAUGAGUUGCUCAAGUUGCAGAUUUCACUUUCUCGAAACCAAGAUCAUUAUGGUCCAUUCUGAUUUUUUUUUAUCAAUGUUUUUCCUUACCAUUGUAAAUUUACACGUCCAAUUUUGAAUUUCAAAAUAUGGUUGAAGAUUUAUAUCCAGGGUCUGGCAUAUCAUGCUGCACUUAUUUGUAAUGCUGCUACUACUAGUGUAAUGGAAGAGGAAAUUUACUGUUCCGUUCCAAAAUCCUUUUAAAUUUUCAGCUCGGAUAAGUUCAAAUUGUAAUGGGAUGUAUUUGGUAUCUCAUUCAGUUAGGUAAUAAAGGGUUGUUAAACUGAGAA